AUGAAUUCUAGAUUGGUUAAUGAGAACCCAAUUGUUUACCCUAAGAAACAAGGGCGUGUUCGUACUGAUCAGAGCAACACGGAUGAGUACUCUGCAGAGCCAAUAGACCAGCUCGAGAUUUUUAAUCAUAUAAGAGACAUCAAAGAUCCAGAGCAUUCUGAGCUUACACUAGAGGACCUCCGUGUGAUUACAAAAGAAUCUGUUGAAGUUGAUGACGCCAAGAGUUACGUUAGAGUUACACUCACGCCAACUCUUCCACAUUGUCACGUCCCCCACCUUAUUGGCCUUUGUAUCUACUCAAAACUUCUUAAAAGCCUUCCUACUCGAUUCAAGGUCGAUGUUAGAGUGGCACCAGGGAGUCACGCAACGGAGGCUGCAGUCAAUAAACAAUUAGGAGAUAAGGAGCGUAUAGCGGCAGCACUUGAGAGUCCCUACUUUGUGGAUCUUUUCAACUAAUGCUUACAAAUAUGUGAUUUUG